AUGAACACAAUCAGCCCCCCACCCACCUUCAAGCGCAUCUCGGGCCCCAAGCGCAUCCUGGGCGUCGUCGUCGGCAUCGCAGGCGGCCUGGGCGCCAACGCCGUCCUAGGCUACACCUUCAUGUCCUUCUACACGCGCGGCACGAAAUUCGUGCCCUACGACACCAAUUCCCCCGACCACACGACCGCCGUCUUCCGCGCACACAACCCCGCCUCCAACCCGCCCGUGUGCAUUGACCACGCCGUAAAAUCCAUACCGUAUGCGAAACUGCCGAGCAAGUAUUUGACACAGGGAAGCGUCGAUCGGGCGCAGCUCGCGACGGAUUUUUGUCGGGGGGUCUGGGGUGGGGUUGCGUAUAGGGUGCAGCGCAGGUAUUUGGAGCGCAAGUACCGGGCGCUGGAGGGGCGGGAGGAUAGUCUUUGGGACGUGAAGGAGCUUGAAAAGAGUGAGUAUCCGGUGGGCACGAAGAUUACGGAUCAUUUUGAGGUGGUGGAACAUGAUGAUUCAAAGGUCAUCGUACGCUGCGGCGACUCGCCGUUAAACAAAGAUCAUCGUCCUAGCGAUGGCUUAUUCUCGAUGGAAGUCUCGACGGAUGAUAAGGAGCAGAUGGCGACGUUCCAUCUCAAGUCGAACUUUGUCAAUACGACGCCCGAGGGCAAGGAUAGUCAGCCGCUGCCAUGGAACUUUCAGCUCGCGCAUAGGUGGUACACCAAGUUGUGGAUGGAGAGCGCGACGAGGAAGUUGUUGAAGGACGCUUAG